UCUGUUGGUUUCAACUUACUUGUGGACAUGAUUGGAGCUAGUUUGUUUAGACUAGACACUCUGAUAUUUAUACUUUCACUCUGACAGCAGCCUUGGGUCCAAUAUACACUCUGGACACAGAACAACGCCUUUCUCUUUGCACAGUUUUUUCAGCACACCCAAAAUUCCUCCGUAUACCAAGGUAAUUCCCCGUAAACUCUGCGUUUACGUAUACUUUUUAAGUGGGCGUGGCUCCACUUAAUGCAGCAUGCUUGCAGAGGAGGAGAAUGGAUGCAAGUGAAAUAGAGUUCUUAGGUGAAAACGAGACAGUUACAAUCGUUCCAAACUUUUCAGAAGGGAGAAUAAGUCUUAUACAAGGCGAUUAUGGACCCUUCAAUCCGUCCAUGGCCACUCUAGUCCCACUCUGGUUAGCCAUUAAUCUCCGAAAGAGACAAAAGUGCAGGAUCGAACCACCCCAGUGGCUUAACGUUGCUACUCUGAGUGCAACAAAAACGGCCGAAAAAGACUCGUCAGUUUUCACCAAGAUGCCAUCGGAACACUAUAUGGAAGUGGCUUCUCUAUUACUUAAUAAUGCGUGUGACGAUGUGCCCAGUGCAGACGAGGUGCGUGCUGUGGUGAAGGAUAUCUGGGACCUGAGAUUGGCCAAACUGCGCAAGAGUACUGACCUCAUGAUACGACAGCAGGAGACACAUGCAAAGCUGGAUAAUCUGACUCAGAUGGAGAUCAAUGUCGUACGUCCGUUCCUCACGCAAGCCCUUGACCACACCCACUUCCUACGCAUGAACGCCACUCGGCACUCUGCGGCUGACGACACACAAACUGACUCAAUAGCUACUCCAUUUUAAUUGCUACUUUUUUUGUGUGUUCACUUUGUAUGUAUCUCAUCUCGAUCUCCUCAUGACAUUGUGUUUCCCCAUUGCCAACAUUUAUUUUAUUUUUCUACUACCUAAAACUGUAUACAAACACAUACAAUGGAACUGUUUGACUACUGC